CUCGUGUCAACGUCGUACAACGUUUUUACAACGUUUACCGCGCCUUCUGAAGAAUUUCUGAAGAGUUUGAAGAUGCAAUGAUGACGAAGGAUGAAUUGGCUCGAAGGAAUUGGGAGAUACAGCGGGUUGGAAUGACGACGCGAGCACGCGAAUCAUCAACACACGCCUCCUUCGUGCUCAACACAUCCGCGACAAUGGAACGCAGAACACACUGGCACACGCACCCACCUGCCGGUGCUACGAGCGUACCGACGUGUGGACGAGCGUUUAUUGCGAUGUAUGCGAGUUUAUUUGAGUACGAGAAGCAACUGGUUCCAAGCCUUCGCGUAGCAGAGACGAUUCACGCAGAUCGUUGGGUCAGUUGGAUCAAACGGAGGGACCAUGGAUAAAUGAACUUUCUUUGAAAUUCGUUCUAACGUGUGACGUCGCAUUAUUUAUAAAUCAAUACCCAGGAUAUCAAUUAAUCGAUUCAAUUUAAAACAUCAUUCCCAAGUAAA